CAUGAAGAUAACAAACGAUAAGCGGGACACGUCGCUGGUAGAUGCAAUACGGAAGAGGACGGAGGGGCGCACUCUGCUAUGCUGCGCUCUAGACAGAAUGGGUGAGAGUCAGACCUACGUGAAGCUCAGUGAAGAGAAACUCAUAGCAAAGUCUGACAUCUUGUCACUACUGAGGACCUACAACUGUUAUCAUGAAGGGAAAAACUUCCAGCUGAGGACUCGUGAGGAGGAUGGAGAGCUCAUCCUCGAGGGGUUGCUGAACAUCUACUGGGGUCUACGCCGACCGAUCAGACUUCAGAUGUACGAUGACAAUGAAAGAUUCCGUCUCAACCGAUCUGCUCUGGCAUCAGCGGAGUCUAACAAUAAUUCACUGGGCGGAGAGACUGGUCCAACUAGUGGUGACAUGGUUGGUCAGGAGGAAGAGGAUUCUCCUCAGCUGCUGAGGACCAGGAGUGAUGCUUCCUUCAUGCGGGUUCAGAGGAGGACAAAGACCCACACUGCCAGAGACUUGCAGCGCUUGCGCACACACAGGUUCUCAAUCAACGGACACUUCUACAACCACAAGACAUCUGUAUUUACUCCAGCCUAUGGUUCGGUCACUAACGUACGAGUAAACAGCUCCAUGACGACAGGACAAGUCCUCAACCUGCUGCUACACAAGUUUAGGGUGGAGAAUAAUUCUGAAGAGUUUGUCCUCUAUAUGGUUCACGAGUCUGGCGAGAGGACCCGCCUGAGGGAUGGUGAAUAUCCACUGGUGGCUCGUGUGCUUUAUGGACCCUGUGAGAAAAUCUCCAAGAUCUUCAUCAAGGAGGCCGACCUGGGGGAGGAAGUCACGUAUGAUGUUGCCCAGUACAUUAAGUUUGAGAUCCCUGUUUUAGACAGCUUUGUAGAGAAACUGAAAGAGGAGGAGGAACGUGAGAUAAACAAACUGACCAAAAAGUACAGUGCUCUGAGGUCUAUGAUUCUGCAUCAACUUGAAGGCCACACCAGUGACAGAGUAUAGAGUACAGAUGUCACCCGUGUGUGCGCGCGCGCGUGUGUGUGUGUGUGUGUGUGUGUGUAUGUAUGUGUGUGAGAGGGGAAGGGGUAGGUCCAAGACUAGUGACUGUUGAUUUACUAUGGGAACAUUUCCAGAUACUGUAGUGAAUGUAGAGGUAAAGGUAAAAGGGUCAAAGUAAAGGCUGCAGUCGAAUCUUAUCAUACACCAAUGUGCUUCUACUUUUAGAAUUACAUAUCUAAACAGUUUGUAUGAUCUGUUUUGUUAAUGUUAUUACUAUUGAGUGUAUCACUGUUUUGAUAACUCUCCUAUUAAUGUAUUUGCAUUUUGUAUGAAAAUUCUUACUUCAAAUAUGGAUAUUUAUACGAGCUGUUUUGGUAACGUUUCCUCUGACUUGGACCUUUUUUUGUAAUAAAUCAGUUUUAGUGUGGCCUUUAUAAAUGCUGCUGGAUCUCUGCUGACACCAAACAUAAUACCCAGCUCAGACUUCCCAC